AUGGAGGGCUUUGAGGCUUUCUCGUCGGGUCACGCAGCAGAUGGGGACGAGGAUGUUGCACCACCGCCUGCGCCUCAUCCUGUUCCCCGGACUCCCACUAAGAAAAGGCCUGCGCCAGGCACUCCAACUUCCUCGGCUUGCAAGUGCGCCCCCAGCGAGACGUCGUCGCCGGCUACAACGGAAGGGCCGAUGAGUGAGCAGAAGAUCCGCCUUUGCAUAGCUUGCACCCGGCCGGCGACAAAGGGCAGCCUGUGCGACGACCACAAGAGGGUGUCUGACAACCUCUACACCGCUGAGACGAAGCUGAAGGACCAGGAGCCUGACAGGUGGAAGCGCUUUAUGAACAUCCGAAAGCAGCAAGGCCCAGAGUGGCAGCGCAUGCUUGUGGAAGCCGAGCCUGCUAAAGGGGGAAACCCCGGGUCGGGCAGAAAGACGGGCAACUACCAGGCUAUCCAGGAGGUCACGGUGCUGUCGCAGCAGAGCUCUAUGACUGCAAACUUUCAGAACAAAUCCAUGAACCGUCGCAUGUACAUCACGAAGAUCACCAGCGAGUGGGGAUGGGACCCGAAGGACGCCUCCGAGGAGUGGAAAAGGGUUCUUGCCGCCACGCCUGAUGCGUGCAUUGAGCAAAAGCCCACCGCCCCAGGGCGGCAGCUGGAACCGUGGAUUUACAUCCACGACUUUGAUACGCUGCUGGGCAGCCAAGGCCUGGCUCAUCAGCACCAGGUCCAGCUCAAGGAGAAGGAGAAGAAGAACCCCAAGGAAGCCGACAUCGAAGCCGCGGAGGAAGCACUGACCUCGUCAUCACUCCACUUCUCCGACAACUUCUUUUCCCGCAUGGGGUCCACGAAGCAGGCUCUGCGAGGUGUUCAGAACAGUGGCGGCAGUGCCAUUGUGGACUCCUCCGGUCGCUCUGUCGUGUUUGCAGAACCCUCCAGCUUUCGUUCCAAAGCCGCGACCCCGUCUAAGGGACCGGAGAAGGAAGAGAAGAAAAAGAAGGCCAAGCCCUUCGUCUUGGAGGACAUGUUGGAUGGCUUGGAUUUCCGGCUGAAGAAGCGAUACGACAGCGCCAAAAAGUCGGCAGAGGACCUGCUCAAAGAGAUCCAGGAGUUCUGGGACAAGGAGACCCCGGCCAACAUGGCCAAAAUGACCAGGGUCUCCCAGCAGGUGAGUUUCCGCGUGGUGGUGAUCAAGGCUGUUGCGAUGGAGUGCGAUGAUUUGCCUAAGGACCUCACCUUGACCCCUACCAACACUGGUGGGCUGAGCGAGGCAGAGUGUGCACUUGUGCAACCGCUUGUGAAGGGUGAUCACGGCUUACAGUAUGGUGCCGCGCUGAAGCUGGUUGCGGUUUGCACGGAGGCGUUGGCAUUGUUCGAGAAGAAGACGGAUGAUGCCGCCAACCGCGCCCUGCACUUUGUAACCGCGGAGGUAGGUGAUAUCUUCGAGCGUGGAUUUUCUGUGCCACAGGAAGACGAGUCGGAUGAUGCACUUCCAAUGGUAGAGAAGGAACUCCUGCAGAACAUCUUCAGCCUCCACGGGUGGGCGGGCAGUGGCUUCUCUGUCACCCCUGACUUCGAAGCCUUUCUGCAGGACAUGCAUGACUUUGCGAAGGUGACUUUUGCGAAAACCUUCAUGGAUCUCGUUAUUGAAUGGUUCUCAUCCGGUGCGCGGUUCAUCCUGGAACCAGCCCUCAUGGAGAAGGUGGCGCCGCUCCUCCUCAUCAACUUCCGCUACCACGUGCUGUUCAGGCUGCAGGACACUGAGGACGGAGUCAAGAAAGCCGAGCAGCAGCUGAAGGAUGAGCUGGAUCUGAACAGAUCGCUGGUCACCGGUGCCCGCAGCUCCUUUUCGCAGCUCACCCGGCAAAGCCGGGAUCUUCGCAAAGAAUCGGCACGCCUGCAAGCUCAGCAAGACAAGGAGCGAGCUGCAGCCGAAAAGCAGCGAGAGCGGGAGGAGAAAAGCAAGGUGGACCAAAUGCGAGGCGGUGAGAAAUUGCCUGGCUUGUUGGCAUUCUGUGGUUCAUGGAUUAAACCAAUGCCAGAGUACAAGACCAUCGCCGAGUACCGUGCAGGGAAGCCCGACUUCAAGAAGCCGUUCAUCAUCAGCGACGUUGAAACCUUGAAGGCGGAGGAAUCCAAGUCCUCCGCCAAAGUCAACUUCUCCCUCUUCAAGGCAAGUUUCCCGAAGUCGAACGGCGCACAGCAGGAGGGCUACUCUCACUGCGCGGCACCCGCCACGGAUGAUGUGCGGGAGAAGCUGAUGGAACUUGCUCCAUCCACCAGCGUGAAGCUUACCAAGUGCUGUGAGAUCCAGGGUGUGUCCAUGUGGGGUUGCACCGCUGAUAUGAUCCGAACCUCGUACGAGUUGCUCGGCUUGGGGGCUCUGAAGUUUGCAUCUCGCGGCACACGUGAGCUGACCUGCAUCAGCUUCGACAACGUCACGAACAUCAUCGAGAAGAUUUGUUCCAAGUUGGAUGAGCCCUUCCCAACUCCGAAGCCUGGCUUGCCCACCAUGCGCAUGAUGUCGACCUUCUUGCACGACCGCCUGGACAAGAACGGCUUGGUCCACAUCGAGGAGCUCCCAGACCUUGAGGCUUUUCGGAUCACAUGUCCGCCCGGCUCCAUGUGCUACAUUCCGUCAGGCUACAUCUUCUCCGAGCGCACCCUCAACGGCCAGAUGACAUAUGGAUGGAGGUGCACGGUUGUGGAGUCGUGUAACGUGGCAAAGCUGAUGCAGAAGUUCAUCGAUGAUGGUUGCUUGGGCAAGCAGUCCAUGCAAGUGCUCGAGAAGGCGGUCAAGGAGAUUGCCAAGCCGGCCCAGUCGAACGGUGGCAAUGCAGCCGUGAUCGACAACGGUGGCGACGCCGCCGCGCCUGCUGCAAACGGAGAUCAGGAUCCAGCUGCUGAGGCUGCUCAGGCCGAGGCCGCCAUUGAUCCAGCUGCUGCUGAGGCUGCUAAGGCUAAGGAUGCUGAGGCUGCUAGUGCGAAGGCCGCUGAGAAAGCCCGAGCCGAAGCACUGGAUCAGUUGAGCACGGACAAAGACUUGCAGGCUUUGUCGAAAGCAGCGGCGUCCUUUGCGCAGCCGUCGGAUGCGGCACCGAAGCAGGGUAAGCCGCCUUCGCCGCCUUCCAAGUCCGAUCAGGCAAAGGCCAAGCGUGCUGCAGAAGCGGCUUCGGAAAAGCCGUCGAAGAAGCCCAACAAGUAG